UACUGAAGGACAACAAUCUUCUCUUUAAUUGCAUCAAUCUGAUCAGAUCGGCGGCUGAUUAAAGGGAGUCGGCUCGCUGAUGUUUGAGGAGGGAAAUCCGCCUUGCUGCAUCGCCGUGACGCAAUUCACGCGCUCCUGCUGCAACACGAUAAAAUAUGAAUCAUCCGCCGCUCCGACGCCUUUUCUGGUGUAAAUAUGAUGUAGACGGCGAGGAGGGGGUGUGGCGCCGAGGCUCUCCCAGUCACCAAAACAAUACACGCCCAGACGCUCGCGCAUUUGUGGCGUGAAGCGCCGGGGUCGCGGGGUUUGGCGUGAUCGCGGGUUUCCUGCCCCUCCAGGCCGGCGCGCCGCGCUCCGUCCGCCCCGCUCCGCACGCGCCGGGCUGCGGAUACCAGCGGCACCGCGGCACGGAGCCUCGUCCUGUUUACGCAGAUCGAAAAGCUGGAUGCGGAGCGACCCGAUGGCCUGCGGAUGAAGAUGUCAGAACUACAGCAAGGUGUGUCAGCGCUGUGAUCCAUGGCUGUGCUGUGUGUGUCAGUGCAGAUUGUGUUGCAGAGAGGAGUUUGAAUGCCUCUAAAAUCUCAAGGCUGUGAGCCCUGAGCAGGCUGAGGAUGAGCAGUCAGGGCAGCAGCAGCAGCAGCAGCAGCAGCAAGGGAAGUGGACAGCAUGCUGACACUCCUCCCCCUCGUCACACCCCCGGACCCAAGCUGCAGGUACAGCGUUCCCUCUCCCGCGACACCAUCACAAUACACUUCUCUGCCCUGGGGAAGGAGGAAGACGAUGAGGAGGAGGAGCUCUACGGGGUGCCGUCCGCCCUCGAUGGUACGGAGGGACUUCAGGCGCAAGCUCCGGGGCCCGACGACCAGUGUGUGGCCACAGGCCUGGAGGCCAAGGAGGAGCUGCUGUUUGAAUCCGUCGGGGUGGAGGCCUCCCCCGGAGCUGCAGUGCUCCCUGUUUCAUCCACCGCCCUGUCUGAACCCUCAGAUCCUCACUCACACACUCCCUCACCUGCCAUGACUAUUAUUCCCACCUCCAGCUACUCGCAUUUGAGUUCCACACCUCCUGCCAGCUCCUCCUGGCCGUCCGACCGACCGGCUGCCAGUCCUGCGUCCACAAGUUCCAGCUCGUCGUCCCCCUGCAAGUCUGCGACACUGUCGUCCUCCAAGCCCUUCCUCAGCCUGGUCCGGUCGUUAUCCAAUGACGUCGAGUCUCGUGAACCCGCCCCGCCGCUUUCAACCGUUGCGCCGCCGCAUGCGCGCCACCGGCACUUAAUGAAGUCCUUUGUGAAGUCUCUGUCCACGGACACUUCUAAGACAGAGAUGCAGGAAGGCCCUCCUCAUCAGUAUCAUCAUCAGCAGCAGCAAGUCCAGUCAACCCAUCGGCCUCCGCCGCGCAACAUGCAGCUCUUCAAACAGUUCUCCCAGCCCCGCCUCACCUCGGCUCCUGUCAUUAUCACUCAAGCCGGUGGAGACUCCAAAACGGCCCCUUCCUCGCCCAUCAUGUCUCCAGACGGCAGGUCCUUCUUCAAAGUCCAGGAGGUCGAGGCCAAGAUAGAAGACACCAAGCGGCGGCUGUCAGAGGUGAUGUCCGACCCUCUGCAGCUGUUCAGUAAGAUCAUGGGGGAUGAGUCUGGCGUUGGAGCCGCUGGAAGUGCCUCUCAUCGUGCCAAAUCGUUGUCCUCCAGUGCGUUGGAGCUCAGCAGCGUGGCCGCAGUGAACGGACACGCGGAAAGUAACAACAACUACAGCAUCAAGGAGGAAGAUGGGCCAGAGGCGGAGGAAGAGGAGGAAACCCCCACAGGGAAGGGCCCAGACUCGGUUUUUUUCUCUUUCCCUUCACUGGCACCAGCUCAGGGCCUCAGUCAGGCCUCUUCGUCUGCUCUCCAUAAGUCUCCCUCUCUCACUCUGGGCCGCUGUUCGAUGUCAGCCCUGGUGGCUCGACAGGAAGAUGAGGACUUCUGUGAACUGUACAGUGAGGACUUUGAAUUGUGUACCGACACGGAGACGCCGGAUGGGGAUCGGUCCGGAUCCCGGCUGCCUCGCACUGGGAGCACCGGCUUGUGUAGCGAACUUGAUACAGAAGAUGAGAGAGUGGAGGAGGAGCCCGUGCCUGUGACCGGCCUCAUCUUUUUAGCUCAGUUGGUGUAUUUAUACCUACUCCUUCCUGUGCCGCCAUCUGCAUGCGCAGUGGUCCAUGGGAUUAUAGCUGGGUUCAUGUUGGCCUUGCUGGUCCUUUGGCUGUCGUCUCCUCGACGUUCCUCUGUGGGGAGCAGAAUAUGGAGGCGAAGGAUUGAGCACUGGAAUGUGGCUCAGUUAGAUAUCAAAGAACCAGGAAUAUACAAGGGCUGGAUGAAUGAGAUCCACAGCUACGACCCAGAAAUGUACCACGCCACCCUGACCCACUCCGUUUACGUCCGUCUGGAGGGCUCUGUCCUGCGUCUGUCCAAGCCCAACCGGAACAUCUCCCGCCGUGCCACACACAACGAGCCUAAACCCGACGUCACUUACAUCAGCCAGAAGAUCUACGAUCUGACUGACAGCAAGAUCUACCUGAUGCCUCAGAGCUUGGCCAGGAAGAGAGUGUGGAACAAGAAGUACCCCAUUUGUAUUGAGCUGGCCAAGCAGGAGGAUUUCAUGUCGAAGGCCCAGGGAGAAAAGCCCGAGGCCGGGGAGGAAAAAUUGGUGGGAAUGGUGGAAAAGCUUGAACGAACGGACAAGGGUGAGAAAACUGAGGCAUCAGUUUCUGUCGAGGAGCCCAAAAGACCACCCUCUGGAGGAGGGGAUCUGACAAUCUACUUGUUCGGGAGGACGGGUCGAGAUAAAGAAGAGUGGUUCCGGAGAUUCCUCCUCGCAUCGCGAAUAAAGUCAGAAGGGAGAGGCGGCAAUCUGUCUGGUAUCUGCAAGAGUGCCUUCUCGACCUCCCACAGCCGCAGUGGCAGCGUCCAAUCCAGCGGUGGCUUGGAGGCUGACAGCAGGAGCAGCAGCCGGGGAAGCCUUGAGGAGCUGUCUCAGUCUCAGUCUCGACACAGAGAGACCGCUGCUGCUCCCUCCUGUGGCCCGGCUGGAGGGAUGAAGCAGAAGAUGCUGUUGGACUACAACAUCUACAUGGCCAAAUAUGUCAACCCCCAGGCGCCACCAAGAAGUCCAGCUGCCACUGACAGCCCCGGGCACAGCCCCGAGAGCAGCCCAAAAACCACCAAAAAGUUACGCAGGAGUUCAGAAGACUCGGCGGAGCCGGAGGCCUGGGUCAAUGCCUUUCUUGGGAGGAUAUUCUGGGACUUCCUGGGAGAGAAGUAUUGGGCCGAUGUAGUCUCCAAAAAGAUCCAAAUGAAGCUCAGUAAGAUUAGGCUGCCAUAUGUGAUGAAUGAGCUGACUUUGACUGAGCUAGACAUGGGCUUUUCCAUUCCUAAGAUCCAUCAUGCCUCCAAACCGUCCGUGGAUCACCAAGGUCUGUGGUUUGAUCUGGAGGUGUCCUACACAGGAUCCUUCCUCAUGACCUUAGAAACAAAGAUGAACCUGGCCCGUCUGGGUAAAGAAGGCGAGGGUCUCGGAGAGCAUGGGAAGGAAUGGAGCAGGCCACGGACUUACUGUUUAGCAGACAGUGAUGAGGAGUCGUCCAGCGCUGGCUCGUCAGAUGAGGAGGAUCCCCCUGAACUCCUCAGCGACAAACCUGCUCUCCCUGGAGGCGAGGGCUAUGUAGGAGGCCACAGGCCCAGCAAGAUCAUGCGCUUCGUGGACAAGAUAGCCAAGUCCAAAUACUUCCAGAAAGCCACAGAAACCGAGUUUAUCAAGAAGAAGAUGGAGGAGGUGUCCAACACGCCGCUGCUGCUCACUGUGGAGGUGCAGGAGUGCCGAGGAACGCUGGCUGUCAACAUCCCACCACCACCUACAGACAGAAUAUGGUACGGUUUCAGGAGUCCGCCCCACCUGGAGCUGAAAGCGAGGCCCAAACUCGGCGAGAGGGAAGUCACUCUGGCUCAUGUGACCGAGUGGAUCGAGAAGAAGCUGGAUCAGGAGUUUCAGAAAAUAUUUGUGAUGCCAAACAUGGAUGAUGUAUGGUUACCCAUAAUGCACUCAGCCAUGGAUACGCGUUCAAAUGCCAACUUGAUUACUGUGACGGACGAUGCCUUGAGGGAUCCAGAGCCGGAGGAGCCGGACGCCUCCGACAUGUGAGGACUGCUGCCGGUCAAAGCAGCCAAUGACAUGAAUUUUUUUUCCAUUAUGACGAUUCAACAAGUCUUCGCCACCUCGGUAACCACAGGUGCGGUCGUGGGCCGGGCCAGUACUUCGAUAUUUUUGCCCAUAUUCCAGUCCCAAUGCUGCACCACCAAGUGGCCGCUCAUGAUGUGCACUUCCAAAACUGGAGAAAAAAUAGUCUCGCAGUCAUCUGAGGCCACUGAAGCAAAAGAACGGAGAAUAGUGACUCGCAAGUUGCCAUCCAACAACGCCGUUUUAUUUGGUCACGGGGCAUGUUCAGACCGUUCAGUGUGUGAUGCGGUGGUUUGACAAAUAGCCAUCUGAUUCAACCCGAAGAACCAUAAUACCUGUGAUGUACAGCUGCACCAAAUGUGAUAGUGGUACAGUGUGAACUUUUUGUUUGAUGUUCCUUACGGGGCAGUUUAGUGUUGCUAUAACUCUUUGGGGGAACUUUGAACUCGUGAUAAACAGUGUGUGGGCACCAGCGUGAGCAAACAGCAGAGGGAAUAAUCAUACACUUCUAAAUGAUUUUGCUGUAAGCCCCCAAUGUCUGUUAUUAAAUGUUUCACAUGGCAGAUCAGCGUUCAUUUCUGAGCAUCACACAUCGCUGCCUGGCACUUAUAUGCAACCCAAUCAAUGGCGCUGUGUUGAGGAAUAGACAUGUGGUCCAUUUAAAUUCGCAGUGGACACUCGUGUGCUUUUUAUCUGCGGUCGGAUUAGAGAAAAAAACUGACCUCAGAGGGGUUUUAUGAAUUAAAAUCCAUCGGAUAACACAGCAGCAAAACUUUGCUUAGGUCUGUUGAAUGUAUACACAGAAAUGCAGCUCCCUGACUCUGCAAGGAAAAGUUCAUUCACUUAUAACAUGCUUCUGAGCAACAUGUUUCAAGCGCUAUUCUCAUGUUCUUUUCUGUAAAAGUUAUAUAUAUUUUUUAAUUGCCAAAGCAAUCUAUCUGUAAUGUUUGAGAGGCACUGUAUGAGUUGAACAGUGGUAAAUAAGCAAUCAAUCUUUCUUCCCACAAUAAGGCCACUCCAGUGAUAGAUGGUCAAAUGUUUCUGAAAAUUUAGACGGAAAUAAUGUGUCAGAAAUUAUUUCCUGGUCAGUAGGAGAUUUAAAUAUUUUGUAUCUACAAUAAACACAAAAAACUUUAUUGGUAUUGCAGAAAGACGCCCAACUUGUCCCAUUUGACUAAUUAUACUGGAUAUUAGCCAUAUUAUUUAAUGCUGCCAGUGGACAUCAAGCUGAUGAAUGCUGUUUUAUGUUUAUUUAUUGAUUUGUUCUAUGUUGUACAUAU